AUGGACAGGGAUCUGAGUGAGGACGACAGUGUGGUGGACCUCAGUUUUGAGGCCGAGAGUCCUUUGGCGCCGCCAGCUGAACUCCUGGAGAGACUGCCCAGCUAUGACUGGCUUUUUCAAAGAGGUGGACAGCAGAUAAGGUUCCCACCUUUGGAGGCUCCAGGGAGACCCCUGGAGCAAAGGUGCUGGUCCUCGUUCCUGGAGCACAGAGUCCCCUUGGUGACAGAGGAAGUGGCCCGCGAAGCCCUCCUCAGCUUUGUGAGCUCCAAAUGCUGCUAUGGCAGCACAGCCGCCGGUGACCUCAUCAUCCAGGAGCUGAAGCAGCAGACGUUGUGCAGGUAUCGACUAGAGACUUUUAGUGAAUCCAGGAUAAGCGAAUGGACAUUUCAACCCUUUACUAACCAGUCAGUGGAUGGGCCACAGAGAGGGACCUCUCCCAGGCUUUGGGACAUCAAGGUCCAGGUCCCCCCGAUGUUUCAGGAAGACACGAGGAAGUUCCAAGUCCCUCAUUCGUCACUAGUCAAGGAAUGCCACAAAUGCCAUGGGCGUGGGCGUUACAAAUGCAGCGGCUGCCACGGGGCCGGCAUGGUGAGGUGUCCCUCCUGCAGUGGAGCCAAGCGCAAAGCCAAGCAGUCCCGGAGAUGUCAGAUGUGCUCGGGGUCUGGCAGGCGGAGGUGCAGCACGUGCUCAGGGAGGGGAAGCAAGACCUGUGCCACCUGCAAGGGGGAGAAGAGACUGUUGCACUUCAUCCAGCUGGUCAUCAUGUGGAAAAACAGCCUGUUUGAGUUUGUAUCUGAGCACCGGCUGAAUUGCCCCAGGGAGCUCCUUGCCAAAGCCAAAGGACAAAGCCUCUUUAAGGACGAAGACACCGCGGUGUACCCCAUUGUGGAUUUCCCGCUGCGGGAGAUCUCUCUGGCCUCCCAGAGGGGCAUUGCGGAGCACAGCGCUGCCCUGUCCCCCAGGGCCCGAGUCCUGCAGCAGCGCCAGACCAUUGAGCUGAUCCCCGUCACGGAAGUCCAUUACUGGUACCGGGGACAGACAUAUGUCUACUACAUCUAUGGCACUGACCACAGGGUACACGUGGUGGACUACCCGGACCGGUACUGCUUUGGCUGCACCAUCAUCUGA